AUCGAACGUCCUGCUCGUCAUCACGUAUCGACCUCUGACAACCAUGUUCCGGUCUGUUCCCCUUCUGAGCGUUGCGCUUGGAACUCUCUCCGCCGUUUGCGCGCAGGAGUUGCCGGCUGUGUUGACUGCCGACUACAUCGAGGGCUUGGGCAACAACAGUCUCUUCACGAGAUGGCGCCAGACCUACCACUUCACUUCACCCGCCGGGUGGCUGAAUGACCCAGCGGGUAUGAUGUAUGAUCCCAUCAACGACACCUACCAUCUCCACUACCAGUGGCAUCCCAACCAUGUCGCCUGGGGCAAUAUCUCCUGGGGACAUGCCAUCUCCAAGGAUAUGAUUACCUGGACCGACGUUGGUGGCUGGGAAAAUGACCAGGCUCAAUCCAUCGGCACUGGUCCCCAUCCCGACUCCAGGAACAGCAGUUACUAUGGAUUGGGUAUCUUCUCCGGAACAGCACAACCUUACAACCUGGAAGGUAAGCAGGAUGGUACGCUCCUCGCCUUCUACACUUCCGUUCAGCAACUACCCACCAAUUGGGCUCUCCCCUACAUCCCUGGUACUGAAACCCAAAGCAUUGCCAUUUCCAAAGAUGCUGGUCAAACUUGGCAGCAGUAUGAGGGCAACCCAAUCAUGACUCAGCCACCGCAAGGCUGGAACAUCACCGGAUGGCGCGAUCCAUUCGUUGAGCCUUGGCCCGAGAUGGACGCAAUUCUUGGCCAGAAAGAGCCGCACUUCUACAUGGUGCUGGGUUCUGGUAUCAAGGGCGAAGAGGGAGGUGGCCGCAUCCCCUUCUAUAGCGCUCCUGCUAGUAAUUUGACCGACUGGACUUUCUUGGGUGCGCUAUGGGAGCCCAAGGCAAACGAGACACUGGGAUCUUUGGUUGAGACUGGAACCUACGGCUUUAACUUCGAAGUCUCCAACUUCUUCUCUCUUACUGACGAAGAUGACGACGUUCACUACUACGCGCUCAUGGGUACUGAGGGCGGUAAUCUGACCUGGCACCCUCGCGCGCAGUGGGGUUUGUGGAACGAAGGACAAGUCACUCGCCGUGAGAAUGGCUCUGCCGAAUUCACACCCCUUUCCGGUGGUGUCAUCGACUCCGGCCUUCUCUACGCUGUUACCAGUUUCUGGGACUCGAAGAACGAUCGCCGCGUCCAAUGGGGUUGGGCCAACGAGGAGAACAACAACUUCGCAAUUACCCAAUCCGGUUACCAAGGCGCCAUGGCCAUCCCGCGCGAGAUGUACGUCAUGAAGACCAAGGAUCUCGUGAACCCACAUGGUGGCUUGAGUAGCAAGGGUAACACUCGCCUGGUCGAGCACGGCAAUGGUACCUUUACUGGUUACACAUUGGGUGCCCGCGCUCUUCCUGAAAUUGUCCAGGCCAUGCACGGCGGAAAGGAUCCCCAAGUCAUCGACACUGGUAACAAGAACCUUACUACUGGUUCUGCGUCCGGCAACGGUACCAGCCACAUGCACCUCCAGGUCACGCUUUCCGACUUCACUGGCCCCGCCGGUGUCGUCAUUGCCCAAUCGCCAGGAGGCGAGGAGAAGACCGUUGUCUAUUACAACCCGGAGAACUACACCAUUAACGUAGACCGCUCGCAGUCUUCUUCGAUCAAGGAAUUUGCCAACUACACCAUGCUUGGCUACUACUACCCAUACACAUUUUCCAACGGCACACAAGAGUCUUUGCACAUGGACAUCUUUGUCGAUGGGUCGCUUGUUGAGGUUCAUGUCAACAACCGCUUCUGGCUGACGACUCGCAUCUACCCUGCUCGCACCGACAGCACUGGUUUCAGUCUCUGGGCUGAGAAGGGCGCAAGUGUCAAGGCACAGGACAUGAAGUUCUGGAAUGUUGACAUGAAUGCCUUCCCGAAGAGACCUGCCAACACGAGCAGUGAGCUUGUGUUUGACACACCAGAGCAGACUAGCAACUAUGUCUGGUGGACUGGGAACUAAUCAAUGUCAUGUUACGGACGUAUGGCAAGAUUAGAAUGCAAAUGUUAAUGAACAAUGUAUAAUUUAUGAUU